UUCCCCAGUUUUAGUCCGACUUGCUGCGCUGGCGUUUAUGUUUACCUCUACGGAGACUGGUCUGUUCAUUGGCAUAAACCCAUAAUUCAGAAAUAAGAAACUAUUCCGGAAACACAAAUGUAACCUUUCUUCCAUCGCAUUGUAGAACGGGUUUCCGCACAGCCGCGUAAUACUAAUACAGUGUCGAAGAGGUCAAAUGAAUAAGGAGAUCAUGUCACGCGUUGUGAAGAAGAGGCAGGCAGACCCGAAGGUGGUCCAGAACAUCUGGACAGCCAUCGAAGUAAUCCGAAACCAAAAACAGAUCGCAAACAUGGACAGGAUUUCAAAGUAUCUGAGCCGUGUGUUUGGGGUGCACCCCAAAGAGACGACUCGGCAGCUGGGCCUGGCGGUGAAGGACGGGCUGGUGGUGGAGACCCUGACCGUGGGCUGCAAAGGCUCCAAGGCCGGCAUCGAGCAGGAGGGCUACUGGCUGCCCGGAGAUGAGAUGGAGCAGAUGGCUGAAAGGAGUAAGGACUGGGAGGCGGAGAGCCACGACUGGUACUGCUUCGAGUGCCACCUGCCGGGCGAGGUGCUGGAGUGCGACGGCUGCUUCCGCGUCUUCCACCUGCGCUGCCUGGCCGAGGAGAGCCGGCUCCGGGACACGGGCACGCACUGGCAGUGUGCAGUGUGCAAGGGCAGUAAAAAGAAGAACCUUAACAAGCAAGAAAUGAGCAAAUAUCUGCGUUUUAUCGUGCAGAGAAUGAAGGAGAGGGCUGUGGAUCUGAAUAAGAAAGGCAAAGACACCAAGCAUCCGAUGUACAAAAGGCUGAUCCAUACUGCACUGGAUGUGGUCAACAUUCAGGAGAACCUUGCAGAUGGAAAAUACAAGAGUUUCGACGAGUUCAAGGCAGAUGCUCAGCUGAUCGUGCACAAUACGGCCAUUUUGUUUGGAGUUCACAGCGAUCAGGCCGAAAUAGCACGACUGCUGUACAGUGAUACCUGCCACGAGAUAAAUGAACUGCACCUCUGCAAGAACUGUUUCUUCCUGUCCAACGCCAGGCCCGAUAACUGGUUCUGUUACCCCUGUGUGCCCAGCCAUGAGGUGGUGUGGGCCAAGAUGAAGGGCUUUGGUUACUGGCCUGCCAAGGUCCUGCAGAGAGAGGACAACCAGGUGGAUGUGCGCUUCUUCGGACACCAGCACCAGAGGGCCUGGAUCCCCUCGGACAACAUCCAGGAGAUCACAGUGAGUGUGCAGCAGCUGCAGGUGAAACGCAGCACUGGCUGGAAGAAGGCGUGUGAAGAGCUAGCCCUGUACCAGCGUUUCGUGCGUGAAGGCCGCCUCUGGAGGGAGAGGGACAGGGACAGGGACCGGGAGAAGACCAAGGCAGAGGACCGGACAGAAGAGGAACCGGAGUCCAGCAUAUCCUCCACCAGUAACGAGCAGCUCAAGUUAAGCCAAGAACCCAAAGCCAAGAAGCCGCGGCGGGGGCAGACAGUGGAGACCAAGGAGGAGGAGCCGGAACCAGAGGUGGAGGCUGUGAGCUCCAGCCAGGAGAUUCCUACCUCGCCCCACCAGCCGGAGAAGUUCUCGGUGUCUACCCAGACACGCAAGGCCAGCGCGGCGUCGCCCCGCACGCUACACCGCGGUACCCAGACAACCGCCGACAGCAGCUGCCAAAACCGCUGCCAUGAGAAGUACACCAAGAUCUUCAACGACGUGAAGGAGAUGAUGAAAGUGGACAACAAGCGCGAGACCGAAAGGGUGGUGCGGGAGGCGCUGGAGAAGCUGCGUUCCGAGCUGGAGGAGGAGAAGAGGCAGGCGGUGAACAAGGCCGUGAGCAGCGUUCAGGCCGAGAUGGAGCGCAAGUGCAAGCAGGUGAAGGAGCGCUGCAAGGAGGAGCUGGUGGAGGAGCUGAAGAAGAUGGUCGCCCAGCACAAGACCAUCAUCUCCCAAACCAAGAAGAAGCAGUGGUGCUACAACUGCGAGGAGGAGGCCAUGUACCACUGCUGCUGGAACACCUCCUACUGCUCCAUCAAGUGCCAACAGGAGCACUGGCAUGCCGACCACAAGCGUACCUGCCGCCGGAAGAGGUGAAGGCCCCGCCCAUGCUGCCACUGCCAGCCAAUCACUGUGUAGCAAAAGCCCUCUGACCUCCAGGCCAUUGGGUCCUUUUUCCACUUCUCCCACCUACCACUUCUUGCCUCCACCAGCCAUUUAACACUCUGUGGACUGGGAACUAUGCACAGAGCUGGAAAAUCUCUCUGUCUGCCCCUAUCUGUUUAUUUAAUAAGCCCAAAAGUUUUUUUUUUAUUGUUAUUUUUUAUUUCAAAAAUCAUGAUCCGAUCAUACGAGGGGAAAGACUCGGAUGGUGUUUUUGUUUGUUUUUUUACUGAAGUGCUGAUUCUACCUGUGUUGGAGAAUGUGUUAUUUAAGUGUUUAGCUAAAGUCGAGCAUUAACUAAAUACAUUUUAUUACCUGAAUUUUUUAAAAUCACGUUUCUUACUGUAAAUGGUAACAGCAUCAAACAAAAAGUCUCGAUGUUGCUCUUAAGUAUAACAAUGAUGGAAAGGCAAAAUACUCACUUUGAUAAAAAAAAAAAAAGAAAAUAUAUAUAUAAAAAUAUGUAAAAUGCUGAUUAAAAAUCAAAAUGCU